AAUUUUCAGGUUGUUUACGCCACUUCGGCACUACGCCCGUUUAUCGCCUGCGCUUUCCUCUCCUCCCGAAUUCUCCAUUAGUUCAAAGUUUUUGGUGGUUGUGUCGGUUCGGUUUCGGUAACAUGGUAAUAAUCUGUGGCCGAGAAGAUUCCGUAGCGUUGUGAGUGUUCACCGAGAAUUGUGGUGUUUCUCGUGAUUUGUGAUUGUGCUUACAGUGUUACUUGUGGAUAUUUGGAUAACCAUUUUUCAAGAUCUCCUCUUUUAGUGGAUUAACGUCCUUAAGACUGCCGAUGACAACGACAAAAUAAAGCAACAAAUUCAGUUUCAGGAGCUGAGUAGGAGAACCUGAGGGAAGAUGCCGGAGGAAAUAAAGAUGUCGGAAAUUUCCCCGCCGGAAACGGUGACGAAAACGACCUCGCCGAAAAAAUCGCCCGCUCCCCGCGGCAAAACUGUCCUCUGCAAGAUCAUGCUCCUCGAUGGCUCCAUCUACGAAACAAACGUCGACAGGAAAGCCAAGGGUGAAGAACUUUUCGAAGAAGUAUGCGACUCAUUAGAUUUAUUAGAACGUGAUUAUUUUGGUUUGUCCUAUGAAGAUAGACAUGAUCCACACAAUUGGUUAGAGUUAGACAAAAGGAUCUCCAAAUUCCUCAAAAAUGAACCAUGGAAGUUCAAUUUUGAAGUCAAAUUUUACCCUCCAGACCCCUCACAGUUACAGGAAGACAUAACAAGAUAUCAACUUUGUCUUCAAAUACGCAAUGAUAUUCUUAGUGGAAAAUUACCGUGCUCAUUUGUUACGCAUGCACUACUUGGCUCAUUUCUUGUUCAAUCAGAACUUGGAGAUUUUGAUCCUCAGGAAUACAAAAACGGUCCAGAUUAUCUAAGAGACUUUCAGUUUGCCCCGAAUCAAACCCUUGAACUAGAAGAGAAAGUCAUGGAACUUCACAGGACUCAUAAGGGUCAAACGCCAGCAGAAGCAGAGUUACAAUAUUUAGAAAAUGCAAAAAAAUUAGCUAUGUAUGGGGUAGAUCUACAUCCUGCAAAAGACUCUGAGAAUGUUGAUAUCAUGUUAGGUGUUUGUGCGUCAGGUCUCCUUGUUUAUAGUGACAGGUUAAGAAUAAACAGGUUUGCUUGGCCAAAAAUAUUGAAGAUCUCCUACAAGCGUCACAAUUUCUACAUAAAAAUACGGCCAGGAGAGUUUGAACAGUACGAAUCUACUAUUGGAUUUAAAUUAGCAAAUCACAGAGCCGCAAAAAAGCUGUGGAAGACUUGUGUAGAACAUCACACAUUCUUUAGGUUGAUGACUCCGGAGCCAGUUCAAAACGCAGGCCUUUUCCCUAGAUUCAGUUCCAAGUACAGGUAUUCAGGAAGGACGCUCUAUCAGACAAAGAAAAUGCCAAUCGAACGUCCCGCACCUCACUUUGAGCGAAGUUUAAGUGGCCGUAGGCUUACCUCUAGGAGUAUGGAUGCUCUAGGUGAUUCUCCGCAACACGUGAAGGUCGACUUCAAUGCAGAUGCAAAUAAAAACAAACGGCACACAAUGUCCCACCCUCCUCAACAUAUAUCAGAAGCAGAAAAUAAUAGCAAAGAAAAACUGAAGCCAAUGGAUAAUUUUAAAUUAGCCAAGAAGUUCAUCAAAGGCAAACUUCUUUCAUACACGAGUGACUCAAGUAAUGUAAGUAGUCCAGUUUCGCAAGGGCCUGGCUCUCCUCAUUCACCCACUUCACCCACAAGCAAUCAACAAUCCCCGAACAGCCAGCAAGCACUAAACGACAGCAAAGAAAGUGACGUAACUUCUCCUGGAUUACCAGGAUAUACUAAGCAAUACGAUUAUGUCGAAGAAGACAAGGAAAAAACCAAAAGGCACAAGUUGAUCGGUGCAUUCUCCUACGAUAAAAAAAGCAAAGAUAAAAAGAAAGGUGACGAUAAGAAAGCAGCUGCUCUCAGUAAAGAAUCAAGUGUUGAUGAAAACGUACCUCCAACAUCACCAACCAAGAAAGCAACAGGGUUAGCUUUUUCGUACGCACCAGGUGAAGCACAAAAAUUAGCUCAGUCGGCAGCUGAAAAACGAAAAAAUUUUCUGGAGAAGAAGGACAGCUUCAAAAACUCUGAGGGAGGUUUAACAACGGUGGCACCGAACGCAAGUGAAACUGGUUCCCAGUCUUUUUUAGUGCGAGAAGCAGAUGCCUCCAGGGGAGGUAAAGCGAGUGACGAAUCGUCUAAAACGCAAGUGCCAGAGGUGAAGAAAAAAUCUAAGUUAACUGAUAUAUUGAAUACACCUGGAAAAGACAGCGGGAAAGGUGCAAACGUGAAUGAACCAGGUUUACGAACACCUGGUCUUGAUUAUGUUGAAUCUGCGGCCAGAAAAGAAAAAUUGAAGAAUGGAAGUGAAUCCACCACAUUUGGCACUCCUCAUAUCGGUUCACAGUUCAGUAAGACACCAACUGGUAAACUUUUUCAAGAUGAUGUAAGCCGGGACAAUAUGUCCCCUGGUGCCAAACGUGCUUUUGAUAUGAAGUCUGGAGGCAUCUUUCAAUCGGGCGGCGCAGGUGGAAUUGGACGCGCUAGUCCCACAAGCGGAAUUGGACGUGCCAGUCCAACAGGCACUGCUGGCAGUGUCGGCACUACAGGAAACACAGGCACUGGUCCCUCAGGCACCACAGGGUCUUCAAUUUUCGGUAGCACGGGUAGCAUAGGUAGUGCUAGUGGCACAACUGCAGGCAAACCACCCGCUAAAAGUGGGUUGAGCAGUCGAGAAGCUUUUUUAUCGUCAGCCCCAGCAGCAACUCCAGUCGCUCAUAGCAAAACUGCUGGUACGGCGCAAAGCGCAGCUUCUCCUGUGACUGGAAAACGUCAAGAGGAUCUAACACCUGGAUCCAAGUCAAUUUUUAACAAAGAUUAUAGAAUCAGAGAUCCCGACCCAGGCCUUGAGGGUAGUCCAUUUCCGUAUGGAGGUGCAGGAGAUUCAACCGUUAUAGCUAACAAAAAUGAUCAGCUGCAAGAUUUUAUCAAUCAGGAGAAGUCCAAAAUACCCAAGAGCACCUCUAAAAUUUCGGACACACUCGGUUCAGGGGGCAAAGGUGAUGAAUCCCCUAGCGAGGAUUCAAGUCUCAAUGGAGGAGGUAAGCUAUUGGCCUCAAAUAAAACACCACUCAUAGUGAAGACUACCACAAAACAAACAAUGGUGAAAGAUCAUGAGGGUCUGAAGCACGAUAUUGAGGAGAAAGUCGAAGACCUGCAAACUGGAGCGUUUACAAUUUCCACGCAAACUAACAAGGCAGAAAAUUUGGACGAUGGAGGUCGGUCACCUCAUGUGACAGCAACUGCUGUUACAACACGAACAGCAACCACCCACGAGAACCUUGAAACCAAUGCUAAAACGAGCCAAGUUGAAGAGAAAACGGUGGCUCAUACCACUACCACCAGCGGUAAGAGACAAGAACAGCGUACCGUGACACAGGAAGUGAGAGCUACCUCCACAAUUGUUGCCGAUAACAACCAAUUGAGUAGACAGUCAAGUAGCUCAAGUCUUAGUUCCAAUGAUUCUGGAACUCCAAUUGAUUUUGAGGGACCUGAGGACGCUGCUUAUUCAAAUUCUAACUUUCAGCGAACCAGCGGCUCUGUUGAACCAAUAAUUCAAACAGAAGCAAUGCUGUACAGUGGAAGUGGAGGUGAUCCAUCUGUAACAUCAACAUCCAACGUUCCCCUCGUUGCCACAGAAACGAGGAGAGUUUCGUUGGGUGCAGACGACAAUAGCUACAAUUUGAGUGAUGGUAUUGUAAGCUCAAAGACCAUUAGUAGCAAAACCCGUACCGUCGAGACAGUUACGUACAAGGUAGAAAAAGAUGGUGUAGUGGAAACACGAGUGGAGCAAAAAAUCACCAUCCAAUCUGACGGUGAUCCAAUCGAUCAUGAUAAGGCAUUAACUGAGGCUAUUCAAGAGGCAACAGCAAUGAACCCGGACAUGACGGUUGAAAAAAUAGAAAUUCAUCAGCAGCAACAACAACAGCAAGACCAGGAAGAAUAGGAAGGUUUGACUUGUCCAGAACAAUCCUGUCGCUUUCACCGGAUACCAUCAGUAUUAAGUUUUCAUUCCGUCUAUAUCUUUUGGAUAUUGUUUUCUUUUCAUUGUUGUGUCCAUAGUGUUGAAAAUCUGUAUUAUACUUUUUCAUUCUCUAGUUUAAAUUACUCCACAAUAAAUAAUUUGUUUAUUUUUUUAAUUUAAAACAUUAUUUUGUUGUUACUUUUUAUGUAUUAUUUAAUACUUUUAUUUUUUUAGUUGUUAUCGUUUCGCUCUAUCACAAGUAACACUUAUUUGCAUCUGAAACAAUCCUCCAGAGAUUUAAGCAUUCUUUUUGACUACAAUAUCCAAAUAAGUAUUGAUUUGACGCAUGAUAGUUGUUUCUUUGCCCAAAGAAAAUAAGGUUCAAUUUAUCAUCUUUGAAAAUUAUUUCUCUCCUCUUUUCUUAAAUCCUCAUCCUCUGUCGAAAAUGUUGCUCCCUGUAAUUUAUGUGGCAAUCAAAGGGCGGCUGAAAAGCUCUAAAUGUUGUAAGAUCUCUAAUUGGUCAUCAUGUACCAUGAAUAUUGAAGUAAAGUAUGUUUUAGUCUUAAGAAACUUUAUGAAUCACUAUGGAAAAGGAGCUAUUCAUCGUAAAGGGUGUUACUCCUAUUAAUAUCUAAGUUGCAACGUCUCUGACGAAUACAUGGUUCAUGCGGCCUUGAGAAGAGGUUGAGAAAAAGUAUGAUUCUGACAUAUUUUUUCAAGGCUUGAAAGUGCUUAAAAAUUGUUUGAAUUUUACUCUUUGCUGAUCGUUAAGUUUUAAUGCUCCUUGUCAAAAAAUAACGAAGGAUUUGAUGUUAAACAGACUGUUUGGAAAGACAUCCUAUAAUUAAGAAAACAAUCGCCAUUUAUCUUAUAAGCGGACCACAAAUUGCUGACUUGGACUCUCGAUAUAGGGAGAGUAGGUAAUGUGUGAUUAGAAAAAAUUCCCGAAGAAUUAUGAAAAUUCUUCAAAAAAUGCUUGGUUUUGUUAUUUCUGAGGUCACAUGAACCAUUUAAUAUCUGUGUAGCUUGCAACUGCUGUAGUUAGGGAACAGAAAUGAUUUAAUUUUUGUUUUUUUGCUAUUUCAGUAUUGUACGUUGGCCUUCUAAUGCCAGUUGCAACUCAUCAGUACAGAAAAUUAAGUUUAAAAUUAAUUUAUAAGUCUGUAGUUUUCACUGUAUUGACCAAGGCUGUACUUGCAAUUUUUGCGCUUGGAAUAUUUUAAGUAAGUCUACCUUGCAAAGAAUAUUUACAAUGAAUUUUGAUUAUCCUGAGACUAAGAUUGAAUAAAAUGUUAGACAGUGGGAAGUUUCCUCCUUUUUGUAUGCAGUUAAAAAAAGUACGAAAUAAGAUUAUUUGUAAGAAAAAGAAGGCUGAAACUUUUUAUCCUCUCCUGAAAUUUUCGUCUGCCCUUGUAACAAUGAAGUCAACUAGUUCAUUAAGGAAAAGUAGUAUACAAAUGAUUUUUUCAAUGAACACGGUGUUAAAUGAACUCUUGGGAGUGCUUCAAGAGUUUUUGAAGUUAAUUUUUUUAUUUUGUGAAAAACCCAGUUCAAUUUUGUGGUAAAUACAAAAAAGUGCAUGAAAUGUAAAUUGACGAUUGUUCAUGAACCAGUGAACUCAUCUGAUCUUAGUUGAUAGUCAUUGCGAUGAAAGGUUGGCAGCCCAGUACAUAUUUCAAACCAAAGGAAGAGUAUUCAUUUUCUGAUGAAUUUAGAUACUUUAUAAACGUGGCCUUGUAAGUUUACUUUUCAGCCACCUGAAGGGUGUAAAAAAUAUCCUGCUCACUGCCAGUUUCUUUAAAAGAUAUUCAGUGAAUAGCUGCAAAAAAGAGCUUGAAAGAAAAUAAUAAAAAAUGAAAAGUAUUACAGUAGGAUACCAACCAUUCGAGGUAAGAUUUUGAAUGAUCAUUGUAACAUAAUCUGCUUUAUUUUUGUGCUUAAAACUCAAUUUACAUUCCAUUAAUUUUUAUUUAUUUUCUAGAUUUAAGCAUUUUGUAAAUUUGAAAAGAUUUUAUAUUACUAAUUUUUAUGUGAACACUGAUUAUUUUUAUUUAUAAUGUGCAUAGACAACUUAUUUUUUCUCUUGUUUCCAUUGCACCAUUUAUUUUUGAUCUAUGGUUAUUCUUUUUUACAAUAAUUGAUGGUUUUACUGAUGUGAGAGUCGUGGCUAGUAUUCAAACAUGAGUAAUAAUGCAGUGAUAAAAACAUUUUGUUUGUUAAGUUUUGGAGCCUAAUGAUUUCAUAAAUUUUGUUUUCUUGAUGGAUUUUUGUCGGUACUAGAUCUUUGUAGUAUGGAUGUAAACAAGCUACGUGUUUGAAAUUGAACUUUAUUUAUGACUCUGCCCUUUGCAGGUUUAUUUCUUCUGUAAAACCAUGAUUGUAAAUGUUUAAUGUGAAGCAAGAGUCUUAGACUGAGUGCCUCCAGGCAAUUAGAAAAAUCCGAAGUCUUGAAUAGAAUCUUGAAGUAAUUCCAUUCUGAAGGAGAACAAAACAGUUAUUCCAAAAUAAGGGGAAAAUGCCACUCAUAUCAUAACAAACUGUUUGUAAAAGAUGAGAUAAUUGAUUCAAAGAAAAAAUUUGAUUUAAUGAAGAGAGUUUAAGUUUGAAUUGAAAUUCUAAAUUCGUCAAAUUUUCUCUUUUGAAUAACAUACUUCCAUCUCGGUGUGUGUUUUCUCCCUCAUCAAUGUGUGUAAUGGAACUUGUUCAAAAUUUUCCUCGUCAUUCAAUUGUCAUUAUUAAUUAGCUUUCUUGUAAGCAUCAGGAAUAAUUUUACUUUAACUGCCAGUACAAGAGAUCAAUGAACUGUUGAUUCUAUCAUAAACUACCAAUGCAGUUUCUGUACUCAAUUUUCUAAAAGUGCUUGGUCUAAGUUUUCACAUUUUUUAUUUUUCUCAAGAAUCAUUGGAAAUCUUUAUUUUUAUACCAUGUAUGCUGUACGCAAUGAAAAUAAUCACGUUGUUUUAUUUCUGUA